GCGCACGACGAGGAGCUGGCGCUCGCCCACUGCGGGGCCGGCGCGCGGGCCAGGUCGCUGACGCCGCGUCCGCGCUCCAUGCGGGCCGCCUUCACCGACCGCAGCAUGCGCCUCCGGGACCAGAAGCAGGGGAGCUGGGUGCCAGUCGAGCUGGAGCAGACGGACAGCGCGAGGGUCGGCGAUGGCAAGGACUGCGAUAGCUGCACGUACUGCGACCCGUACUCCAUGGUCCCCGCAGGCUGCAGCACCGAGAAGUUCAACAGCCGCACGCAGUACCUCGACCGGCCCCACUGGGACAACGACAACACGAGGUUUCGCAGCCUGGUUAGGGAGAAUGGGUUCACGCACGCGAUGGCCGAGUCGCACGCUGGCAACAGCAUGUACAAGGCGAUCCACUGCCGCGACGACGACAUCGCCGCCCGACCAGAGGUGCAGCACGAGCGCGAGCUGCUGGACAGGAGCAUCGGGCGCAGGGGCAAGUGCGGCCUGGGGCCGUCGUCCAUGAUGAGGUCCGCCUCGGUGGACGGCGCCGCGGGCGCGUACAGCGCGAGGACUCGCCGUUAUAGGUUACAGCAAGAUCCGGCAGGAGAAGCCUCAGGCUGA